AUGGAUACACAAUUAGCCCUCAUUAUUGUCGCCGCGACACUCGCUUUCCGUUCAAUUUGGAUUCGCUGGCAUAAGCAUAGUAGACCACCAGGCCCUAGGUCUCUGCCGGUCCUGGGUAGCGUCCUUCAACUUCCAUUGACUUAUCAGCAGAAGACGUUCGCCGAGUGGGGCAAAUACUACGGGGCACUCAUUUUCGCCGAGAUGUUCCAUAAGCCGCUUAUUGUUAUCAACUCCUUGAAAGUCGCACAGGAACUUCUCGACAAGAAAGGCUCUAUAUACUCUGACCGGCCUCGAUCGCGUUUCCUAGAACUUGUUGGAUGGGACCUCAAUUUUGCGUUUUUGAAUUAUGGAGACGAAUGGCGGAGGCAGAGAAAAUGGUUCCAGGCCGCAUUUCAGACACAGCAUGCACUGGAGAGUUACUAUACUAUCCAGCGACGGGAGGUACAGAGACUGCUCUAUGGAUUGAUUGAGGAGCCGGCAGAAUAUGUCUCACUGAUAAAGCAAUUCACCGCAGCUUUAGUCAUUGACAUUGGAUAUGGUCAUACCAUAACGUCCAUAGAAGACCCGUACGUCGAAAUGUCGGAUAAAGCAUUGCUGGGAGUCAUCGAGGCAGGAAACUUAUCUUCGAGCCUGGUUGACUUCUUUCCUAUCUUGCAGUAUCUUCCCGCGUGGAUGCCUGGUAUCUCAUUCAAGCGAAGCGCCCUCAGAACACGUGAGUACGUGAAAGAAAUGCUCGAUGUCCCUUUUGAGGAAUUGCAAGCGAAUAUUGCAUCCCGUGGUGCAAAACCAUCGUUUGUCGGCAGCUUACUCGAGGAAGCAUCCAGGCAUGGUGAUCCGACGCCUGAAGAUAUUGUUCAUAUCAAGAACGCUGGGAGUGUACUGUAUGCAGCUGGGACCGAUACUACAAUGACCACCUUGCUGACUUUCUUUUUGGCAAUGGUGACUAAUCCCGAUGUUUUUCGUAAAGCUCAGGAGGAAAUAGAUAGAGUCAUUGGAGAUGCUCGCCUGCCCGAUCUACAUGACAGAGGCACGCUACCUUAUCUGGAUUGCAUUCUCAAAGAAUUGUUUCGAUGGAAUCCACCUCUACCCUUGUGCCUUCCUCACCGCCUCAAGAAAGAUGACGACUACCUUGGAUAUAGUAUCCCGGGAGACUCCCUAGUAUUGCCAAAUCUAUGGGCUAUGGGUCGUGAUCCUGAUGUAUAUAAUUCACCGGAAAGCUUUUGUCCGGAGCGAUUUGAAGGUUUGGAUGCACAAACAGCAGAUGCGAUAGAUCCACGCAAGUUCACAUUCGGGUUUGGUAGACGGGUGUGCCCUGGACGUCAAUUUGCGGAGUCUAGCAUAUGGCUGGCGGCAGCAAACAUAUUGGCUACGAUGGAUAUUGGGAAGGCACGCGACUCGAAGGGUGCAGAGAUCGCGGUUGAACCCGCCUUCAUUUCGGGCGCGGCUAGCCAUCCAAAGCCCUUCAAAUGCGACAUUCGCGCGAGGUCUCAAAAAGCCCAAAAUCUUAUUGCUCAGGUAGUGACAGCUCACUAG